AUGACUUUUCAGACACCUACCAAGGCCAUUUUAUCUCAGGAGCAGCUUCAAGCUUUCCAAACCUCCAAGACAUACAAUUCAAUUAUCUCUUACAUCGAGAUGCUGAACGAGACAGUCGUUGGUGUAAAGCUGACUGAUGAUUGUGAGGCAUCUCCAGGUGUUGAAUCUAUAUUGGAGGUCCUCGAAAACGUUAAAGCCAUUGCGAAAGAUACUCCUCUAGUUGAGAAUUCUGCAUCCCGGUUUGGUAACCCGGCGUUCAGAACGUUUUAUGACAAGGUCACGGAGGCCUCGACGUCAUUGCAUACAAAGAUCAAGGGUCUUCCUCAGGAAGCCGUCCCAGAAGUGUCCUUAUACUUCAACGAAGCUUGGGGUAACCGGGCUCGGAUAGAUUACGGGAGUGGCAUGGAGCUCAACUUUUUGUGUUGGCUGAUAUGCCUUGAACGUCUCGGUGUCAUACAAGAAGUCGAUCAUAGAGCUUUGGUGAUCAAGGUCUUUUGGAAAUACAUUGAAGUAAUGCGGGUUCUACAAUCGACGUAUUGGCUGGAACCAGCUGGUUCUCAUGGCGUGUGGGGACUAGAUGAUUACCAUUUCCUGCCAUUCUUAUUCGGAUCUGCUCAACUUCGAGGUCACAAAUAUAUUCGACCAAAGGCUAUCCACGACGUAGAAAUUGUCGAUGAAUAUGCUAAAGAUUAUAUUUAUUUCGCUUGCAUUCAAUUCAUCAACUCGAUUAAGACUGCAUCGCUCAGGUGGCACUCUCCCAUGCUGGAUGAUAUUUCAGCUGUCAAGACAUGGGACAAAGUUAAUUCCGGAAUGUUGAAGAUGUAUCGCGCAGAAGUCCUCAACAAACUCCCUGUAAUGCAACAUUUUCUCUUUGGUUCCAUCCUCCCGUAUGACGGGCCUCCACCCCCUACGGGUGCGAGAAUGGAUGAGCUUCACGGGCAUGUUCAUGGUGAUACAGGCGCUGCUGGUCAGCGAGAAGUUGGCUGGGGCGACUGUUGUGGUAUCCCUGUUCCUUCUGCGUUCGCGGCUGCUAGAGCUGAAAAGGAGCAUCAGCCUGGACUCAGGCUGGCUGGUCCUGGUAUAAGAUCGGUGCCGUUUGAUUAA